AUGUCCGACGCAAACAGCCCGACCAGUCCGACAGUAAAGCCAAAAUCCAAGUCCUAUGAAGGGUCGUGCCAUUGUGGCAGAGUUAGGUUCACCAUGAAGCUCUCACCUCCUGUCGAGGAUGGCCCGGUGACCAGCUGCAAUUGCUCAAUCUGUGCCAUUAAUGGAUAUCUGAUGGUCUACCCCUUGGAAUCCAACAUCACCUGGCUCAGUGGCUUCGAUGAACUGACCACUUACACCUUCGGCCCAGAGAGGAUUGCACAUUCCUUCUGCUCGACAUGUGGGACAAGCAUUGGCGGGAAGAGCACCGAUCCGAACUUCUUUGCCGACAAUCGGGCGUUGAAUGUGCGCACAUUGAAAGGCGUCGACGUCGACGCCCUGAAAUUGAGGAAAGUUGACGGGCGAAAUGUCCCGAUCAAAAUCCCGUCUGACGCACCUCGCAAAUUGUCCCGUUGA